AUGUCAUAACAAUUUUAUAAUAAAUACAGACAUUUAUUCGAAGAUGAAAUGUUUGAUAAAAUGAAGAAUGGAUAUGAUAUGUAAAUAGCACAUCCAUAAUAACAAAUUCCAUAGUUUAAAUUUUAAUAGCAACAACCUAAAAUUCAACAACAAUAAUCUCCUAUAAUAUAGAAAUCACCAUAUAAAAUUGGGCAAUCUUAACCAUAAUAAAUACAACCUUAAGUUUAAUCUUUUUAAACUUCAUUGCAAGAGAGAUCAACAUAAAGUAGAAAGAAUUUUAAUGAUGAAAGAAUAAGAAAAUAAGUUAUGCAAGACAAUAUUUUUAAAUAACCAACAUUAGAAUAACGAUAAGGAGAUCGAAUUUAUUAAUAAAAUUAAUCACAUUAAGUUUAACAUUAAGAAUAACCACUUUAAGAGAGAAAAUAAUAAUAAUAAACUUACAAUGUUUUCUAAGAUUAAGACAUUUUAGAUGAUUAUGCUCCUAAGAAAUAAAGAUAAUUAGUUUAGACUACUAAUGAAAACUCAUAAAUAAAUAAUAUUCAUAAGGUAUAUCUCUAGAGAUUGUAAAUUUAAAAUAUAUUCUUAGAAAUGAUCUUGAUUAUAUAAGAAAAAAAUACCUUGAUCCAAAACAAUUAGCUAGAGAUAUUGAUCAAAACAAUCCUUAUAAGGCUGCUUUGAUGUAGCGUAUUUUAGCAUAGAUGAAUGGAAAUUAAAGAAAAAGUAGAUUGAAAGAAGCUUUAAAAAAUUGA